GCUGCCGCAGCCGCCGCCGCAUCGCUGCAUCUCGGUAGAUUCUAUCCGACCCGUGCCUUUCCAUACUUCCAUAUUUCCUUCCAUUCCCUCCCACCCCCGCGCCCGCCCCCAACACACCAACGGAAGGGCAACAGCGGACAGAGAAAAGCCCACCAUGUCGACGCGUCCCUCGCUCUUCACGCGCGGCCUCUCGGGGUUGUCGCAGCAGUCUGACCCCAACUCGCCGAUGAGCGUAUCGUCGCCGGCCGAGCAGCGGGACGACGCCAAGCGCAACUUCCUCAAGGCGAUGCGGCCACUGCCGACCCAGCAUUACUGGAACGUGUGGUUCGACCGGCAGGCCAAGGACCAGCAGCAAUCCAAGACGACGGACGGCGGCAACGGCGAGUAUCACGCGCAGCUGGAGCAGUUGGGCGACCGAAUAGAGAGCGUGCAGGACUUCUGGCGGUACAAUAACAACACGCCGGUCGACCAGAUCAAGAUGCGCGAGAGCAUCUACCUCUUCAAGUCCGGCUUCAAGCCCAUCUGGGAGGACCGGCGGAACAUCCUGGGCGGCAGCUGGACGUUCCGCGUGCCCAAGAGUAUCGGGCCGGAUGUGUGGACGCGAGUGCAGCUGCUGGCGAUAGGGGAGAAAUUGCAGAGCGUGCUGGAAGAGGGCGACCAGAUCUGCGGCGUUGGCCUCUCCGUCCGCUUCAACUCGCACCUCAUCUCCAUCUGGCAUCGUGACGCUUCCCGCCAGGGUUCUAUCGACGCCAUGCUACAGUGUGUGCUCGACGAGCUGCCGACGGAGCUGCGCCCCACGUCGAACAACUACUUCUACAAGAAGCAUUCGGACCACGCCGGGUUCAAGGUCCCGCCCGAGUUGCAGGCGGUGAUUGACUCGCAGCGGGCGAGGGAGGCGGCGGCUAAGGCCGCGCAGGAGCAGGCUGCCGCUGCUGGUCCCGGUGCUGGUACGGAUGCCGCUGGUCAAGGGGCGGCGCCUGAUAUUGUGGAGGUGCCGCCUUCCGGGGAGAAAUAGGGAUGGGUGGAUGCGAAAUGCCCGGUACAACUUGAAGGGUAAGGAUGUUUUCAGGACAUUUUGAGAUGGGCCUCUUCCAGGUCUC